AUGACUCAGCAUCUGAUUUUGAACACGGCGCAGCGGGUGCUCAAGGAGUGCUGCUUCGAAUUCGCCAAGGCUUCGAUGCCGUUAGUCCUUGAGAAGAAAUGGGACUGUCCGACCGUGGUGGAGCUGACGCAGUGGACAAAGAUAUUCCGUAAGAACAAAAAGAUGAACAUCCAGAAGACGGAACUCGAUGCUGGCGGAUUUCUGGGCCUACCCACAAUGGUGUCCAGCCUGCGGCAUACCGCCGUCCACCGUCUGGCUACUACGGCAAGGGAUGUCGGGCGACUUCUCGAAUCCGGCGUGAAGCUCGCACUAGUGCUCGGGGACAACGCUAUGGAGCUUAACAAGAACGUCCUCGAAGAUACUACCGCCUUUCGCCUCCGCGAGAUUCAGGAGAAGCGCGAAGAGCUAGACAGAAUGGAGGCUGAACAGAUACGGAAGAUGUUGAAUGACGACGUGAACAAUAAGCUCCUAAUCGGGCAGCAGCUUGAGAAUUCUGUGCGCGCCAUCUUCGACCGGAAGAAGGAUGGGCCGGAUCAAGGGAAGAAGGAAGACGAUGAGGAUAGCGGCGGGGGCGGCGGCAUAGGCUGUGAUACCGAUGGCGACAGAGAAAAGGAAGCUCAAGCAGACUGA